UCCUGGCUCGGCUCGGCUCGGCUCGGCUCGGCUCGGCCGGCCCGGCCCGGCCCGGCCCGGCCCCCGGCCCGGCCCGGCCCGGCGCUGCCCCUGCUGGGGGCGGAGGCAGGUUUUCAGGAUGAAUCUGGAAAAACUCAGCAAACCAGAACUACUGACGCUGUUUAGCAUUCUUGAGGGAGAAUUAGAAGCAAGAGAUCUUGUCAUAGAGGCUUUAAAGGCCCAGCACAGGGACACAUUCAUUGAGGAACGCUAUGGGAAAUACAACAUCAGUGAUCCACUGAUGGCUUUGCAGAGAGACUUUGAGACACUGAAAGAGGGGAAUCAUGGUGAAAAGCAGCCAGUAUGCUCCAAUCCUUUAUCUAUUUUGAAAGUGGUGAUGAAACACUGCAAGAAUAUGCAGGAAAGAAUGUUAUCCCAACUCGCUGCUGCGGAAAGCAGACACAGAAAGGUGAUCCUGGACCUGGAGGAGGAGAGGCAGCGGCACGCCCAGGACACGGCCGAGGGGGACGAUGUCACCUACAUGCUGGAGAAGGAGCGGGAGCGGCUCACCCAGCAGGUGGAGUUUGAAAAGUCCCAAGUGAAAAAGUUUGAGAAGGAGCAGAAGAAGCUGUCAAGCCAGUUGGAGGAGGAAAGGGCACGCCACAAGCAACUGUCCUCCAUGCUUGUUGUGGAGUGCAAGAAAGCCACUGCCAAAGCAGCUGAAGAGGGCCAGAAGACAGCAGAACUGAGCUUGAAAUUGGAAAAGGAGAAAAGUAAGGUGAGUAAACUGGAAGAGGAGCUGGCAGCCAAGAGGAAGCGGGGCUUGCAGAUGGAAGCACAAGUAGAAAAGCAACUUUCAGAGUUUGACAUUGAAAGAGAGCAGCUGAAAGCUAAGCUGAACAGAGAAGAAAACCGUACAAAAGCACUCAAAGAAGAGGUGGAAUGUCUGAAGAAAGCCCUGAAAGAGCUGGAGGCUUCUUGCCAGGAGCACAGUCCUUCCAAGCCCGUGCAUCCCAGCCCCUCGGUGAUGUCCAGGGGGGUCACAACUGACAGUCCCCCAGUGAAGUCUGUGUCCUGCCAGACCGAGAGCCUGCAGGCAGAGCGAGCAACCCCUGCCAGCACCAGCAGAGCUGUUCACGCCGUGUUUGCCAGCCCCUCUGCACCUGCUCACUCCUAUGCAAAAUCCAACGGGCAUUGUGACACAGACGGGCAGAUGGGUGGGGAGACGAAUGCUGCAGAGAGCCAAGCUCACAGGGAGAAAUCUGCUGCAGCCCCAGAGAGUGCAGUGGCGAAUGGAAGUUCCCCUGUAAGAACAGAGUCACCGGUGCACCAGCUCCCCUCUGCUGGGGUGUCCCUGUCUCCCAGCAGCACAGCUGCCUCCUCCCUCACCCCUUCUCCCUGCUCCUCACCAGUGCUGACCAAGCGCUUGGUGGGAGCCUCUGCCAGCAGCCCUGGCUACCAGUCCUCCUACCAGGUGGGCAUCAACCAGCGUUUCCACGCAGCCAGGCACAAGUUCCAGUCCCAGGCAGAGCAGGAGCACCAGCCAGGGGGCCUGCAGAGCCCCCCGUCCCGGGACCUGUCCCCCACCCUGGCAGACAACUCUGCUGCCAAGCAGCUGGCCCGCAACACGGUCACCCAGGUGCUGUCCAGGUUCACCAGCCAGCAGGGCCCCAUCAAGCCUGUGUCCCCCAACAGCUCCCCUUUUGGCACGGACUAUCGGAGCCUGGCCAGUGCUGGCAGCCCCAGAGCCGAGGCUGGGCACUGCCCCAGCCCUGUCAAGGUUUCCAGCCCGCUCAGCCCCUUGUCUCCUGGAAUCAAGUCACCGACCAUUCCUAGGGCAGAAAGAGGGAACCCUCCACCCAUUCCUCCGAAGAAACCCGGCCUGGCUCAGUCACCUGCUGCUCCUGCUCCCCUCAGCAAAGCCUCCUCCCUGGGUGCCCCCAUGGACGUGGCCAGUAGCUGCUCCAGCAGCACUGUCAUGUCAAAUGGCAAGGACCUGGAGAUCCUCCUGCCAAGCAGCAGCUAGUCUCCAGAAAAUGGGAAUGUGACAUUCCACAGCUUAGCUUACCCUGCAGCUAAGACACUGUUUUUCCACUCCAUGUUAUUUAUUUCCAUAGUAGCAGAUUCUGUCUGUAUAAAGCAUUUAGUACAUUUUUUUUUCCUUUUUAAUAGGUAGGAAAAUAUUUUUGUUUAUGAAGAAACCUUAACUACAGCUAUACAGUAGCCUCCAAAUGUCUCAUGGCAGCAGUCAAAUCAUUAGAGAUAACAACCAUAAUCAUGUGGUAGGACCUAUCAACCUCUAAUGGGACUGAAAUGCUAUUUUUAAAUUAUGCAGAAAUAAUUUUUGCAGACUUUUUAUUCCAGAUGAACAUUUUAUAAAAGUGCCUGAACUAAGCCUGCAAUAUGAAUGUGAUUCUUGGGAAAAGGUGAGGAGGGGAACAUCUAGCUGCAGAAACAAAUUCUUCUGAGUCCUGAAUGUUGAAACCAACACUGGUUUUCCUUUUAAUUCUUUCCAUUUGCUAAGGUAAGUUAGCAAAUGUGCUACAGAUUCUGCCAGGUGACCACCAGACUGGUGCAGCCAGCCAGGCUAUGUCCUUCAGGACGCAGCUCCCAGCUAUUUGAGGAAGCACACAGGAGUUUCUUGGGAUAAAAUUUAGUUGUGAUAUCAUCCAGAUUACUUCUCUGUCAAUAUUCCUUGUCCAUACAGUUCUUUCUGCUUUCCUGCCAAGAUGCCUGUGUGCUUUACAUGGCUCAGCUCUGCUUUCUGGUGUAUCACCUGGAAUUUUCAAGCUCUUUGAGCAUUCUACUGUUGUGUGUAGAACUUCUGAGAAAAGGAUCUUUCUCUUACUUGGCAAAGAUCUCACUAUUACUUGAAAAAGUAACUCAUCCAUCCAAUACAGGUUUUUUGCAACACCUGUAAAUGAGAUCUUCGACUUUAAACAAAAGCAAUAAUUUUGUUCCUCAUCUGUGUCAGUUAAGUCUGACUGACCUGGAUUUUACCCACUAGCUGUGGCUGGCUUUCCUUGGCUGCAAAUAUGGAACCAAAUCAUUGCUGCUGUGGAAUUGAAUAUGUGAAUAUGUGUAAGUAUGUCACACAUAUACAUGCUAAACACACAGUGUAUUAGGGAACUAUUUAUCACUUCUUGAUCUUCUGCCUCAUAUGAAGAAAACAUAGCAAUUCACUGAGAUUUUAAAAAAAUCCUCAGUGAGGAAUUGCCUAAGUUUGAGGCAGAUCAUGUGUGUGGAGAAGUAUUUGGACCCAGGAGAAGCAGCUGGUUCCUGUGCAGAAAUGUUUGCUACAAGAAAACCAACAGGCCCAGCACAGUGGUUUUCUGAGUCAUUGUGCUGAGAAACACAGGACAAACAGCACAGAUCAGUGGCACAGGCUGAGAGCACAACCCCGAGUUAAUGAUCUCGGUGUUGGAUGUGAGCUGAUCCUAAAUUUAGAAACUGGACUUGCUGCUCGGUGUCAUCCAGUGUGGAGCACUUCCCUCAGCAGCAGAGUGGUGUUUGCACAGCUCCCACUGCCAAGACAUGUUAUCCUUGGUGAAUUCUCACUGCUUCAUUAGGAAGGAUCCCUCUGUGCGGGGAGGAUCCCUGCGCCAUGGAGGGGCAGGGCUGCCCGUGCUGAGAGGUUCCCAUGCAGGGAGGUUCCUCUGGGCUUUGAGCUGUGCCAUGGAGGGGCAGAGCGGUGCCGUGGAGGGGCAGAGCUGUGCCGUGGAGGGGCAGAGCGGUGCCGUGGAGGGGCAGAGCGGUGCCAUGGAGGGGCAGAGCGGUGCCAUGGAGGGGCAGAGCGGUGCCAUGGAGGGGCAGAGCUGUGCCGUGGCAUGGCAGAGCUGUGCCAUGGAGGGGCAGAGCGGUGCCAGGGAGGGGCAGAGCGGUGCCAUGGAGGGGCAGAGCUGUCCGUGCUGAGAGGUUCCUCUGGGCUCUGAGCCUCGCUCUGCAGGACAGGGAGCUCAGUGCUGCUCGGGGGUGGCUGCUGUUGGAGUGACCCCACACAGCCAGGGCAGGGGUUUAGAGGCUUGCACAGACCAUUUGGUAGCCUUUUGGGCAGUGGUAUUACGGGCUGUUGUUCCUAAUCCAGUGGAACAGUCUGUGCAUUAACAGCAGGGACACAGAGGCAGCCAGAGCUGAGUGGGCAGUGGCUCUUUUGGAAGCACAUUUAUUACUUUCUUAACUAAGUGUCCACAGCAGAUUUUUUUGCUCUUGCUGAGAGUAAAAGUAAAAAUGGAUGGGCAGAUGGAUUUUGGCCCAUGUAUCCCUUCUGAUUGAAAAGUGAGGCUUUUGUAUACACUGCUAUAAUGAGUUUCUUUAACAUUAAUCUGACCGGUAUUAUCCCCUUUCUUUAUUGAUAGCUCUAGAGAGAGAGAUACUAUGAUGAAGUCUAAUAGGAAAUGCACUGAGUACUGUUUCUUCUAAAAUAUAAUAUGGGAAGGGGUAUGCAAAAGAAUGUAUUUUUGCUAGUAGACUAACUUCUGAAAGAAACUAAGCACAAGGGAUUAAAAUGGAUCCAACUAAUUCAGUAAGACAUUUAGAGUUAGUAUUUAACUGUUGAUGUAGAUUCUGUGUGAAAGCAACUAAAUAUUUCUUCUCUAACUCACAUGUGUCCUAAGCAGACAUUGUUGCAGAGUUUGUCACUGGCUAAUGGAGUAUAAUGAAGUGCAAAACAUAUAACACUAGUAUUAAUUCAUUAACACUUGUAAAUUUGUAAAGCCAAAUGUACCAAGCUGAAGUCUUUAAUCAUUUUUAUAGCUGAUGGCAUUAAACAUGUUAAACAUUCAUAUUAUCAAUAAAGGAUUUUAUUUUUAAGAUGUG